AUGUUAGGAAAAAGGGAGGAGGAAGGCAGGAAGCAGAACACCAUUCUGCCUUGCCAAGACCAGUACUUUGUAGGAGGCCAGAGUUAUAAUUGCCCGUAUUCCACUACAACGUCAGAAUCUAGUGUUGAUGUUUCCACGGAUACUUGGGUCUCUUUCUGGGCUGCUGGUCUCCUGGACAACAGAGAGCCCCAACAAGCACCACAGGCACAGGAAUCAUCCCAUGGCUCGAAUUUUCCUGUUCUGGACUCAUUUUCAUGGGAAGAGGCUCAGCUUUCCUCUCAGCUGUACAGAAAUAAGCAGCUCCAAGAUACUCUGGUGCAAAAGGAAGAAGAACUAGCUAGGUUACAUGAAGAGAACAAUCACCUCAGACAAUACCUGAAUUCUGCUUUGGUUAAAUGUCUUGAAGAAAAAGCUAAGAAAUUGUUGUCAUCAGAUGAGUUCUCCAGAGUAUGUGGAAAAUUCAGAAAGGGGAAGAGGAAACCCAAAGAGCAAAGAUACUCUCCUGCUGAAAUUCCUCAUCCCAAAAAUGCCAAGAGAAACCUCUCUAGUGAAUUUGCUAACUGUGAAGAACAACCUGGGCCCCCUGUGGAUCCCUGGGUCCUUCAAACACUUGGGUUAAAAGACCUCAACACCAUUGAUGACAGCUUGUCAGCUAACUACAGUGCCCUCUCCUCUCAUCCCAGAAGAGUCACCAGCACAUUUUCUCAGUAUCCAGAUGAUGCAGUUGACUAUGAAAAUGUCCCCAGCGAGGAUCUGCCGAUUGACUAUGGAGGUGACAGAACAGCCCCCUUACAUAGCACUGCCACUCAUGGGGAAGGUUUUCCCUUCCUUUCACAACUUUCAAAUCCCUCAGUGGGGCUGCAAAAUCUUCCUUACUAUACUGCUAAUGUGUCACCCAACAAGACAGAGAUGGCCUUUUCCACAUCCCUGAGCCCUCACUGUAAUGUGAAAACUCAUUCUUUCCACCAGGGACAAGCUUUUGUGCGUCGAGAUGAGGAGGGAGGCUGGAAGUUUACCUGGGUCCCCAAGCAGUCUUAGUGAUCCCUCUUCCAGCACAAAGCACUGCCAUGGACUCUGUUUACAAAGACCUCUCUUGCACUUGAACCUGACUAAGGUGGAACACAGAAGCUAUUGCUUAGACUGUCUCCUGCCACUUUAAAUGUCACUCCAAUUACCCACUUAAGUCUGCAGGGAAUGGCUUCCAAGAAUCCAUAA